UCUCUGUUGUAAAUAAACAAUCUAGUUUUCUAACCGGCUGGCUUUUAAAGUCAUGAUCAUUUAUUUUGUUGGAUUGUGUCCAAUUAAUUGAAUAGUAAAAAAUAUUCAGUAGAAACCAUGGCCCGGUUAGUUCAGUAUGUGGUGGUGAAUGGUGAGAUUGCAAAAACCUGGCCAAAAGGUGCCGUUAUAGCACAAUGCUGCCAUGCUGUUUCCGCUGUAGCUCACCUGUACGCCGGCGAUCCAGCUACGGUGGAGUAUUUCGAGGAUUUGGAUAACAUGCAUAAGGUGGUGCUGGUGGCUCCGGAUGCCGAGAAGCUGAUCAGCCUGGCUGAAGUGCUACGACAGAAUGAAAUCAAGCACAAACUAUGGAUUGAGCAGCCGGAAAAUGUACCAACAUGUAUAGCACUGAGGCCCUACAGGAAGAAGGACGUUAAACAGUAUGUUAAGAAAUUCAAAUUUUUCAGCUAGUAGAAACAAAAGUCGGUCAUACGGGAAAGAGAAGGAGGAUGGAAAAAGUUCCCAAAAAAUACAUUGCUUAUUUUAGUGGCUGGGAAUAAAUAAUGGGAAAUUUCUCAGAACCGAA